AUGUCUGCCUACAGGAUUCAUUUUGACUACCCAACUAAAGUUGAGACUGCGAGGAUGAACAAUAAGGCUCGGAGUCUCUUUGUCCGUCUUACUUUUCCCGACCUCCAUAAGCCCUCCCCCAAGCCUCGUCGAUCUAAGGGAUGUUGCGGUUGUAGAUGCAGUUGCACAACAUCCCCUCCCUCCCCAGACGACCAUGAACCCAUCUGGAGUAAUCUGAUCAAGCCACCACCUAAAUCAUCUUCAUCCAAAUCCACAGCGUCUAACGCACCGGCUAAUUGGACGUCAGUCCAACCAUCCCAAAAGCCUGAAAAUGGAGACAUAUGGAUUCGAGUGGCAAGUAAUCGUGUCUCUCUCAUGCUGAUUUUAUGUGGACCCUCACCUUUGACCCAGAGAGUGGAUUCUAGGGCUUCGAACACUCACCAAGAGAGUCUGAAAUCUCUCAGCAUUUCAGAUCUGCGGGAACAAGAGGAAGAAACAUAUUCUGACCAAUUUCCAACCGUCUAUUAUUAUUGGGACUCAGGUCGGCUGAGCAAAAAACUUGACCCCUUGAGGAGUAGCAUGGCGGUGGCGGAGACAUGUGUGUGUUUGAUGUUGGCACCUGCCACAAGAGGAGAGGGAUGGAGUGAUGAUGACUUGAAAAUGGUGCAUAAAAGUGUUCGUGCCUCAACACCCCCAGUUCCCAAAAGAAGAACGGUUGAGAAAAGAGACUUCUGUUGGCAGGAGAGUGUCAAAGAGACGGAAGGAGUGAGCUCCAAAAAUUUUGUUAUAGUGGACUGUGAUAAUGGAAUAGAGUUACCCUCGAAGAGUCCUGAAAUUGGCGAUGUGGAAUCCAAUGAUUUCAUUGAAGUGGAGGAAGACCGACUUGCCUCAAAUUCCACCAGAACUUGUAAAUGCAAAGGUGUGCCACAGGAAAAGAAGAUGCAAGAGAUGAUAAGCAAGCUCAAUCCCUGUAGAGAAUUCUUCACGCACACUUCGUCCUUAAUUCCAGUUUGCGAGUAG